AUUCAAGACAAUUUCGAAUUCAACUACCUUACACAAAUGUGUGAUAAUGAUAAAUCAUUUAAAAUGUAUCAAUAGGCCAAAAGACUUUAAAGUUAAGAUUCGUCGAGAGCAAUUUUUUAUCUAAAACACCGAAAGCAUGAAUCUUUAAGAAAUAACGAUGGAGUUCAAGUUAUUAAUUAUUUAUAAUUUAAUAACUGCGAAUUUCAAUUAAGUUGAAUUAAAAUUCGGUUUACUUUUUGAAUGUAUUAAAUACAACAUAACAGUAUUAAAUUUUAAUACCUUGAUAAGAAAUAUAUGAACAAAGUAAAGUGUGACACGUGAUUAAUAUUAUUUUAUCAACACUUCACAUGCCAUUUGGAUAGAUUUAAACUUGAAAGCGACCACACUGUCAUACAGUAUAUAACGUACACAUUUUCAGAAACGUGUUAUAGUUCAGACAACGUAUUAAUAACAAACGCGUGUCACGUUAGCGCGUUUGUUUAAUAAUAUUCUUUUUUGAAGAAAAUAAUAUUCUGAUUUUAAAGUAUAAUUUUGAUUUAUUAAAAAUAAAAAAAUGAUUGUCAACGGAGUCACAGACGCCAAGACCGAGAUGAUGGACCGUCAACCGGAAAUCAACACGCAGCGGCACGUGUACCAAGUGGACGCGAUGUCGGCCAACAACAACGUUCCGGCCGAGGCGGCCCGGCGGCCGGCCGCUAAGAAACCGCACAAGAAAAAACGCACCUGCGCCGACUACGUGAAGAAGACCAUACCGUCCAUCGACUGGCUGUUCCUCAACUACCACUGGUCGAAGGACUUCGCGGAGGACACGAUGGCCGGUAUCGCGGUGGCCGUGCUGAACAUCCCGCAGGGCAUGGCCUACUCCAUCCUGGGCAACGUCGAGCCGACCGUCGGCCUGUACAUGGCCGUGUUUCCCGUGCUGGUGUACAGCCUGUUGGGCACGUCCCGUCACAUAUCGCUGGGCGUGCUGUCCGUGCUGUGCCUGAUGACCGGCAAGGUGGUGACGACGUACGCGACCGACGGCGCCGAGGACGACCCCACGCUCGGCUACUCGGCCAUCCAAGUGGCCACCGCGGUCACCAUGGUGGCCGGGCUCGUGCAGCUGGUCAUGUACGUGUUCCGGCUCGGGUUGCUGUGCACCGUGCUGUCCGAGACGCUGGUCAGCGGCUUCACCGCGUCCGUGGCCUUCAUCGUGCUCACGUCGCAGCUGAAGGAGCUGCUCGGCGUGGACGUGGCCCGGCGGCACGGCAUGAUGCAGGUGCCGAACACGUUCUACGAUUUCGUCGACCGUUUCCACACCAUCAACUGGGCGACCACCGCGGUGUCCGUCACCACCGUCGCCGUUCUUUUGGUGUACAACAAGUACCUGAAGGAGAGGAUCAACAGCAGGCUGUGCAUGCCACUGCCGAUCGAACUGAUCGUCACGGUCUUCGCCACCGUCCUGUUCCAAGUUACCACUAUCGCCCAGGACUAUGACAUGGUCCAGAUGGGUGAAAUCAAAUCGGGCCUGCCGGCAUUCGAAGUGCCGCCCGUCAAACUGUUCUCGGCCGUGUUCGUGGACGCCUGCGUCAUCGCACUGGUCGCGUACUCCAUCACCAUGUCGCUGGCGCUGCUCGUGUCCGAGAAACUCAAAUACCCGUUGGACACCAACCAAGAGCUGCUGGCCCAGGGCCUGGGCAACGUGGUCGGUUCGUUCUUCUCGUGCCUGCCCAGCGGCGCGUCGCCGUCGCGCAGCGCCUCCCAGCAGACGGUCGGCGGCAAGACCCAGAUGGCCAGCAUCGUGUCCGCGGCCAUCAUAGUGGUCGUGCUGCUCUGGAUCGGCGUCGUCUUCGAGCCGCUGCCCAGGUGCGUGCUGUCCAGCAUCAUCGUGGUGGCGCUCAAGGGGCUCCUCAUGCAGGUGCUCAACUUCCCGGAAAUAUGGCGCAAGUCCAAGACCGACGGCACCGUGUGGAUAGUUACGUACCUGACCGUCAUAAUGCUGGACAUCGACUCCGGACUGCUGAUCGGCGUGGUCGUGUCGCUGCUGUUCGUGUUCGUCAAGGGCGUGCUGAACGAAGUGCACGUGCUCGGCCGGUUGCCGGACACCGAUCUGUACGUCCGGCUGGACCUGUACGGCGACGCAGUCGAAAUACCCGACGUCAAGAUCGUCCGGUACGCGGGUAGUCUGAACGUGAUCAACAGGUACAUGUUCAAGAGAAAGCUGAUCGAGGUGACGAGGGACGACGACGCCGCGACCGUGACCGUGACCGUGGUCGACGGCAAGAAUCCAACCGGUGGCCGGCGUCCCGCUCAGUGCGUGGUCAUCGACAUGGCCGCCCUCCAGUACGCGGACGCGGCCGGCGCGAAAAUGCUGUCCGAAUCGAUCGAAUCGCUCGUGUCCGACGGGUUCGACGUGUAUCUGGCCGCCGUACCGGACAGCUCGUUGGAGUUUAUCCGCGGCAAUAGCGGCGUGAAAGCGGUGCGAUUCUUCCCGACCGUGCACGAUGCGGUCGUCUACCACCAGUGCAAUAGCAAAAAAAUCCAAGACUCGACGUAUGACACACAACCGUCCAAGACUCCGAUUGGAUUGUAAGCGCACUUGCCGAGUGCACAUAUUUUUUUCCAUUGAAAAAUCAUAAAUAAAUGUUUAUUUUUUUAAACUGUAACAUUUAAAUAUUCAACGUAUAGGUAUAAAGUAAAAAAUAUUUUUUUGUAAUUUUAUACUGAAAUCAACGAUGCAAGUUUUUAAACUUUUUUUUUUUUUGGUGCCAUGUAUUCGUAACUACCUACCUAUUAUUUUUUUAUAUAAAUAUCUGUUAGUUAGGAUAAAUACAUACGUAUUAUUGUUAUAGUGAUAUUAAUAAUUUUAGUAUACAAUUUUUUUUUUACUUAAUUAU